CUCGUUUUCCAGGACUAUUUUUCUUCGGGCUUGCCUUUCAAGAAUGUGGAGUUCAUCCUGAAUUGUUCGAGUAUAAAUACUGCGGACCGACUGGAAAUGAUCAUUCACCGUUUAGCUUCGCACCUAAACCAAAAUCAACUUAUCAACAUGAACGCUUUGAUUGUCCUUUCCUCUGUCUUGGCUGCUGCCAACGCUGGCAUCAUUGCCUCCCCUUACGCCGCUGGCCUUCCUUAUGCCGCUGGCUACUUGCCUUAUGGCUACAAUGCUGCCCCCAUCGCUUACAGCGGUGCCCCCGUUGCCGUGGCUCCCGCUCCCAUCCCUGCUGCCCCCGUGUCCUCGCAAUACCAGGCUCAGGAUGAGUUCGGAAACUUGAACUACGGAUACGCUAACAUCAACUCGGCCAAGCAAGAGGUCGGCAAUGCCUAUGGUGGUGUGACUGGCUCUUACAGCUAUGUGGAUGCUAACGGCAUCCAACAACGUGUGGACUACAUCGCUGACGAUUUGGGAUUCCGUGUCCGUGCCACCAACUUGCCCGUUGCCCCCGAGCACAACAUCAAUGCCCCUGUCUACACCGGAGUCGCCCCUGAGGCCGUUGAGGAUACCGCUGAGGUCGCUGAGGCUAAGGCCAAGUUCUUCGAAGCCUUCGAGGAGGCCAAGAACCGUGACAAGCGAUCCGUGGUUGCUCCUUUGGCCACCGCUUACAACACUGCCCUCCCCUAUGCCGCUCCCUAUGCCGCUGCUCUCCCUUAUAGCGCCGGCUACGGCUACGGUCUCCCCUAUGCCUCUGCUUACGG